AUGGCUUCAGCUCGAAAUCUUUGCCAACAUUCAGAUAUAGAUGGAAAUCAAUGUACAUCAAAUGAUUAUAUACUUUGUCCACAUUGUCAAUUACAAUUAUGUCUUAAACAUUUAAAUUAUCAUCAAGAAUUACUUCGUUCUGAAUUAAAUGUUUUAUGUAAUGAUAUAGAUCGUGUUCAUAUUGAUUUAAAUAAUUUAUUAUUUGAUUCUACUAAUCAUCGUGAAUAUUUAUUUAAACAAUUAGAUGAAUGGCAUAAUCAACAAAUAAAUUUUAUUAAUAAAAUUUAUAUUGAUAAAAAACAACAAAUUGAACUUUUAUGUUUACAAUCACGUAUAGAAUUUGAUACAUAUAGAAAUAAACAAGAAAAACAGUUAAAAGAUAAUUUAAUAAAACAAUUACGUAAAGUAUUAAAACAAAAACAAAUUCAUAUAGAUGAUUUAAAUGAAAUGAAAAAUAAAUUAGAUUAUAUACAACGAGGUUUAAAUGAACUUAAGCAAUUAAAUAUUGAUAUUCAAUGUAAUAAUACAUAUCUUGAUAUUAAUAUUAUUAAAAGACGUUAUAUUGAAGCAGCUAAGCCAUUGUUUAAUGAUGAUGAUAAUAAUCUAUGGGAGAGCGACAAUGAAGACGAAGAAGAAGAAAAACUAAGAUCAUCAGAUGAUCAUCACAUUCUCGAAGAAACAUCCAAUUGUAAAGAAAAAUCCUCAUCACUUUCUAUUAGUUAUCUUCCAUCACUAGCUACUCCUUCACCUUCAUCAUCAACAAUCAUGACGAAAAAACCACCAUUAAAACUUGUUAUCAAACGAUUACAACAUCCAACAAUAUCUACUGCAAUCAAAUACAAAUUACAUACAGUAAAUACAUCACUACCGGUUACUACAUAA